UUUAUUUUACAGGAGUCUGGACAAGAACACUCAACAUUAUCGGCCAGUUCCUCCUUUAAUGCGUCACCCAUGCGAAAUACAUCGACUCCUAAAGCAAGUCCUGCAAAGUACACAACUGCUGAAAAGGUUGUGAAGUUAUCAUCGCCAGAAUAUGUGUUGCACACAGACACAGAACUUGAGCAAGUCAGAAAACACUACUUUGAGUUGCUGAAGACAGGCGAACAGCGCAACUGCCAAAUGUCGAAGGAGCUCAGAUGCCGGCUCAUUCGGAACACCAUGACCAGUAUGAUUUCAAUCCUGAGGGCAAAGGGGGAUGGAGAAUCACACCGAUACCCAUCAAAGCCAGAAAUAACAGCAAUGGCAAAGACGAUAGUACGGUACUACCCCAUGCUGCAGGACCAAGACCUCCAUACAUGGGUCACUGUGUACACGCAGCUCAACAAAAGACUGCAAAAUGUGAGAUCCCCGAAAAAAAGAACUCCAGAUUGGAGACAUUCAAAGAGCUCUACAAAGAGGCGUUGUCUUGAGCAUCCAUCAGACACGGAUGAAAUGGGUUCAAGUGACUCAACAAUCAUUCUGGAUCGGUCCACAGAAGGAAGUGACAGCCAAGGCUCAGAAAGUCAGUUAGAAGGAAAAAGGAGAUCCCAAAGCCUGCCUGAAGAAGCACCCUCUGCCCUGUCCAGUCCUGAUGCUGAGUUUGUCCAACUGUCUCAUGACUCUAACAAGUCUGCAGAUGUUGACAGUCCAGACUCCUACAGUCCAGCGAUCUUGGCCAAGCACUACAAGACCCUACAAACUUUGUAUAAAAGAAAAAAUCCAAACCACCAGGAUGUCUCUCAUCUCUUGGAUUUGGAAUUUGUAUCCCGGAGAGCAUUCAUUGACUCAAAUACCAUUCGCGAGGAGGACAGACACGAGAAAGUUCUAGAUGAAUAUCAAUGUUUCAGGGACGUUGGACAUGUGAUGGAGGAGCUUCAACGCAUUCUGGAUAAGGAUAACACCCACUUCAUCGAUGAACUGAAAGGAAGAUGGCAUGACUUCUGCCAGAAGGUGCAGUUUUUUGGUGUAUGGAAAAAGGCGUUGAAACCCCCAAUGGGAAUGGACAAAGCUGAACAGGCUCUUGAGAUCCUACGUGUGCUGCCAUCACUGUUCCCCUCCACGUCUGCUCCUCCAAAGAGGGUACGAAAUGCGAGUGAGGCUCUGGUGCAUGUCCUCGAGGAAACGGAAGACCCCAAUUCAUACCUGAAAAAACGGCCUCUCUCCUGCCCAGUCCUGAUUGUCAGUCCGUCCAACUGCCUCCUAGCGGUAGGAGAUGUGGGAAUAACCACCUUUCCAAAAGACAAGCUUACCGAGAGUGCUUUAUACCUAAUGGCCUACUAUUAUACCCUACACCUGACCUAUCCAAAGUGUGUAGCCACUCUGCUUUCGGUCAUCCAGACGGAGGUCCUCUUAGACAAAAUCCAUGAGAGAGAUCUCACAUCGUCUUACAAGAAGAGCAUGGCUGAGUGGGAAGCUUUUAUUGGCCAAUAAAACCACUGGUCAGAUAUGUGGUGUACAGGAUAGCACUUCCUCUCUCCCGCCAAGGUUGCCACAGUCCAUGUUCAUUGCAUGUUUUCAUGUUGGAGUUCCAUAAAUACUGUGAGCCAAAAUGUUGAAGAAAUUAAGAUGUUUCCCUUUUAUGUUCAAUUAAAAAAAUUGGGUUAAAUGCAGGACUAGUUUUCAUUUAUUCUGUCUUAUAAUAAAUAGUUAAUGUCUUGAAUCUAGUAGGUGAAUGUCUUGAAUUUAGUAGGUGAAUGUCUUGAAUCUAGAACAGUAUUACUUUUGUAGAGCUUAAAAUAAGGUAAAUACACUUGAUGACAGGAUGGUAAAUUACUUUUUAUAAUGGUAAAAGAGUCAGGAAGGCUAACUUCAAGACAUUUUGUCUCAAAAUGCCAUUUUCUAAUCUUAUUUCAAGUAGCUGGUGGACUUAAAUCUAAAACAGUGUAACAAUUAUAUAACUAAAAAUGUGUUAAAUACACUUGAAACAAGCAGGAUGACAAAAAAAAGAUACUGCUUUUUAGAGGAAAAUACUAUUUUUGAGCAUGACAAGCUUAUUAUGAGACACACAACAUCACAAUACUAGUAAAAUAUAGCUAAAAAUGAGUUUUCCCAGCUAAUUUCAAGAUCUGGUGGACUUAAAUCUAAAACAGUGUAACAAUUAUAUAACUAAAAAUGUGUUAAAUACACUUGAAACAAGCAGGAUGACAAGAAAAAAGAUACUGCUUUUUAGAGGAAAAUACUAUUUUUGAGCAUGACAAGCUUAUUAUGAGACACACAACAUCACAAUACUAGUAAAAUAUAGCUAAAAAUGAGUUUUCCCAGCUAAUUUCAAGAUCACUCUUAUCUUGUUAGGCUUCAAUAUAAUGUCUUAUUUCAAGAAAUCUUACUAAGACAAUUUUCACUUGUUCCAUUGGCAGAUAUUUUUGCUUAUUCCAAAGCAAAAAUAUCUUGUAUUAAUAUUUUUUUGCUUAUUUUAGGAGUGGCCUUUUUUGC